AGGGCUUGAUCCUGCAGCUGCUCUGCCUCUUGGGAGCUUGCAAAUGCCAAAACCUCCAUCCCCUCUUCCUCUUGGGCUUUCAGCACAUCCCAAAAGCCAUUUCUCUCUCUCUCUCUCUCUCUCUCAUGUUUUAUAUGUGUAUAUAUAUUUCUAUAUGUAUUGCCCUAAUUGUUGCAUCAUUUAAGGACUUGGGCUGCGUUCAAUUUUGUUGCUUCGCUCUCUCCGCCGCCGCUCCACCGGAUCAGAAAUGUCUACCAUGUCCACUGCAACUCUUCCUUCCCGCUUCACGUUGAAUGCACCGUGUAAAAACCGAUACCGAAUCACCAUAAUCAAGUGUCCAUCUUCCAUUGGAUCUGCAAGCAACAUUUCGAGAUCCUUCGGCUUGAAAUCGUCUCCCUCGUUCAGAACCUCUGCAAUGGCCGUUUACAAGAUCAAACUUGUGGAACCAUGUGGGAAAGAGCACGAGUUUGAGGCAUCGGAUGAUACUUACAUUCUUGAUGCAGCUGAAGAAGCGGGAGUCGAUCUACCGUAUUCUUGCAGGGCAGGUGCGUGCUCUACAUGUGCUGGGAAAGUUGUUUCGGGUUCGGUCGACCAGUCGGAUGGAUCGUUUCUGGACGAUACUCAAAUGGCAGAGGGUUAUUUGUUAACCUGUGUUUCACUCCCAACUGCAGACUGUGUCAUUCACACACACAAGGAAGGAGAACUGAUCUGAGUAAUUAUUGUAGCCGUUAAAAAUUCUCCUUUUUUAUGGGUUGGAGUUUUAAAUCCUCAUGUCAUAUCCUAAAUAAAUAAAUUAUAGAUUUGAAUGUCCCGGUAUCCAAAAUGUAUCAACGGCUUAAAAGUACCCGUCCUAUAUCCGAGUUUUGAAAGUUUCAAUUUAAUUCUCGUGAUUUGAGUGAGUUUA